GAAAACAUCUUCGCUCACCUAAAAUAAGUGAUUUUGACAUAUAAAAACAGGUUUAAGGAAGAUUUGAAGUACUACUCACACUACAGGUUUGACUUUAGAUACUGAGAAUUGUGUCCUUCAAACCGAGGUACGUCGGUCGUGCGCUACGAUGCCGCGCGAUAUUAUUACUUUACAACUAGGACAAUGUGGGAAUCAAAUUGGGAUGGAGUUUUGGAAGCAGCUGUGCGCUGAACAUGGAAUCAGUCCUGAAGGUACACUUGAAGAAUUCGCAACAAGUGACGCUGAUCGCAAAGAUGUCUUUUUCUACCAAGCAGAUGAUGCUCAUUAUAUUCCUCGUGCUGUGUUACUGGACUUGGAACCACGUGUAAUCAAUACAAUAUUAUCUUCACCUUAUGCUCGACUUUACAAUCCAGAAAAUGUAUAUUUAUCUAAACAUGGAGGUGGUGCCGGUAAUAAUUGGGCAGCUGGAUACACACAAGGUGAAAAACUGGAGGAAGAAGUGUUUGAUAUUAUUGAUCGUGAAGCCGAAGGAAGUGAUAGCUUAGAGGGCUUCGUAAUGACUCAUUCUAUCGCUGGAGGAACAGGGUCUGGGAUGGGUUCAUUUAUUCUUGAACGUCUUAAUUCACACUUCCCAAAAAAACUUAUUCAAACGUAUUCAGUAUUCCCAAAUUUAGAAGAAACUAGUGAUGUUGUUGUUCAACCUUAUAACAGUUUGUUAACACUAAAACGUCUCACUUUGAAUGCUGAUUGUGUGGUUGUUCUAGAUAAUACUGCUCUGCAUCGUAUAGCUACUGAUCGUUUGCAUAUUGAGAAUCCAUCAUUUGCACAAAUCAAUCAGCUGGUCUCCAAAGUAAUGUCUGCAAGUACGGCUACACUUCGUUAUCCCAGCUAUAUGAAUAAUGAUUUAAUUGGCUUAAUAGCUCCACUAACUCCAACUCCACGAUUGCAUUUCUUAAUGACUGGUUAUACCCCAUUAACAACAGAUACUGAAGUUCCAACUAUUCGACGGACAACUGUAUUCGAUGUCAUGAGACGUUUAUUACAGCCAAAAAAUAUGAUGGUCUCCACUCCAACACAGCGCGGUGUCAGUCAUUGUUAUGUUUCUAUACUAAAUAUAAUUCAAGGAGAAGUCGAUCCUACUGAAGUACAUAAAUCACUACAGAGAAUUCGAGAACGCCGUAUGGCUCAGUUUAUACCUUGGGGUCCAGCUAGCAUUCAAGUUGCUCUGUCUAGGCGAUCUCCAUAUGUUCAGACACCACAUCGUGUUAGUGGUCUUUUACUUGCAAAUCAUACAAGCAUAUCAACUCUUUUCCUACGUACCUUAGCUCAGUAUGAUAAAUUACGUACUCGUGGUGCUUUUAUUGAACAAUUCCGUAAGGAAGAUGUAUUUCGUGAUGAUCCAGAAUUAAAAGAAUUUUCUGACAGUAGACAAGUUGUUCAUAAUUUAAUUGAAGAGCAUAGUGCAGCAACUCGAUCUGAUUAUAUUCAUUGGGGUGCUCAACGUGCUGCCGCAGUAGCUGCAACACAAGCAGCGGCCGCGGCAGCCGCCAAUUCAAAUUCUUGAAUUUCUUAUUAGAUAUUUUUCGAACAUUUAUGUUUUUUGGUAAAAGCUAUUCAGUUACAAAAACUACAUUUUGUACUUUUCAAAUGUUUGUCUCAAAAUUUUUUUGUAAGAUUUCCUUUUUUAACAACGUUUAGUUUUUUCAUCUGGUUUUUUAUUAAAAAAGAACACUUCAUUCUGAGCAUUUGUAAACAUAUCAGUAUUCACAGGUUGUUGUGAAAGCAUAAAUAUCCAGACCUGUUAACAAUGCAUGAAUUAAAUUGUUUGAUAUUUCUACAUGCUUUUUCCUUUAAAAUAGUAAGCAGCUUCAGUGCUAAGGUUUUUUUCUUCGAUACUGUUUGUGGGAUCUACAAUUGAUUGUGUAGUAUUGAAGGGGUGAAAUUUUCUUGACACUACUGUUUUCAGUUGAUUAACUUUAAUAUGAUGUAAAUGAAUGAAAACUACCUUUGUUAAUGCCCUGAAUUUAGUCGUCUUAGAUGUUCAUGAUCUCUAGAAAUGUUUUAAAUGUCUAAAAAUAGGAUGAAUAGUUAUUUACUGUUGCGUAUGCACAAUUGUUCCGAUUCUACUUAAUUCCCCUGUCAUCAAAAACUAUGUUGCUGGAUUACUGUGUUUAGUGCGACAAAACAAUCUCAGUUGUUUAAUACAAGUAGGAAUUCUAACUUUCUCGAAAACAUUGGUAAUUACUUCUGUGUGAUAUAUCUCAUCAAUUAAAUUAUGCUACACUUAAGGAACUGUGUUAAUUGGUUCAUCUUAUUUGUCUAUUCCAUAUGUUUCUACUGGCCACAUCAGUGCAAAAUGAAUUUUCAAGAUAUGAUAGCUUAUUGUAUAUAAACUAAAAUGAAUACGAAAAAAUAAAGUUGUGGACGUUAAACUAUAAAGAAAACAGAUCUGUUCCCCUUAGUUGUUCAUAUUAGGUUAUGUUGUUGGUUCUCUUUAAAUCGUUAUCAUCUUAAAUCUGCGGAGGAUCAACAGACAGUCGAAAAUUCAUGUUGAUUAUAAUUAAAAUAUUGUUUAUGAUCUGAAAAUCAACUUGUAGUGAAUAACUUGCCACAAAAUACUUGGAGUAUUCAUGCUAUCGAUGUAUUUAUUAGAAGGAUGCUAAGCAUUUGUACCAUACAUAGAUAUAAAUUAAAUCUCUAGAAUACACCAUAACUGUUACUCAUUUUAUAUAAAAUAAUUGUUAAUGUUUUGAAGUUGUUGACCCAUACGAUUUAUCACAUCAGAAUCAUUCGUACAAUACACACUUAUUUUUAGUAUUAGUGGGAGACUGGCAAAAGCUUAAAGAUCUAAAUAGGUGGGAUUUUUGUGUAAUAGCGAGAUACUAGAGUGGUAGGUGGAAAUAUUACGCAUAAACUAUGUGAUUCGAGAUGUAAAUUCGUGAAAUAUAAAAUACAUAAUUUGAUUUUGAAACUCAAGAUUUUAGGAAUGACAAUAAGUGAACGCGUUUAGGAAGGUUAUGAACUGUAUUACUUCAUGUUUCUAACAACUUGCUAUGAUAAUCAAGAGGACCCCAAUCAGGUAGUCUUCACCUACCAACUGAAUUCAACAGUCAAGUUCGUCUACAUCACUAUCUUCCAAUCUAGUAUUUCAUAAUAUAACCUCUUUCCUAUUAAAUACAAUCAUAACUGACAACUCUCUCCGUACCUCUUGAUAUUAUGUUAUCGAUUCAAGGGUUUGAUCAAUCCUACUUUCAUUUCUAUUCUUUCCUUUUUGUGUAUUGCACUAUGCUACUUACUAAUAUUCAGUAACUUAUAUCAAUGUCAAUCAUUUCUGAACAUAUCAAAUAACUUGUACGUCGUUUUUUGGUCAUUCAAAAUAUCUACAUGAGUCUAUGACAUUUAAUCCACCUAUUAUUGUAAUUGUAUUCUCUUAACAGUUCUAAAAAUUGUCUUUAUUCCAUAUAUUUUCAUUGAAUAUAUGUUCAUUUAUAACAGUUUCCAUAAUUCCCUUGCGCAGUUCUCGUUUCGAUUUGUUGAUUGCCAUCGUUGGGUUGAUAUAUCUCCUGGCUGUUACUUAGCUUACCAAACAUUUCUUGUAAAUAAUUCUUAGAUAACU